AUGGCCCUAUCUGACGCUUUCAGUGAGAUGUGUUUCUUCAACCGUCUUGGUGAAUGGCAGGGGGAUGUUCACGAGUUGCUGCGUGACACGAUUGCCGACUUCGACUAUCGUGAAUGUAACCAGCCUAGUCUGACGCCUGACAACACCCCCGGCAGCCUGGUGAUUACAUGCCUCGCCGUGAAUGGCCAUACACUGAUUUGGCAAAGUGCCUGUCCUCAAACUGAUGCCCUCUUGAUCUAUGUGCAGCAUAGGCUGACCCUGGGAUUCACCGUGGGUGAGUUCAGCAGUGAUUCAGAGCUCGUGUAG